AUGUGGCUAAGGGUAAGAAAGAGUUGUACAAAAAGUGAACGAAGUAUAUUCGGGAGUAGUGGUGAAAAAAUGAGAAGCGAAAGGAAUACAGCAGAAAUCAAAAGAAAUCUGGCUAUGGAGAGACGUAAUAGUUCAAGCAAUAUCAAGUCGAAUUCUCCUCGAAAACAUAAGUCUUUUCCAGCUUGUGUUACUGAUAUUUUAGAACAGGUUACCAAAGUAUGUGAUCAACAAGGACAGAAAUGGCGUGGUACAGCAUCACUUAGAAAUAAUGAAUUACAGCAUCAGCUUGAUAAUAGUCUGUUUUGUAUUUCGCCAGAUCGACGAAUAUCACGUUUAAACCAAAUACAGCAAUUUCGUCUUUUGCAAAUCCUGUGUGACUACUUUAAAGAAAAAGAAUCUGAAUCUCGUGGUAAUCAGUAUUCUUAUUUUGAAGCAAUAUUUUGUGGUCGUGAAGGUGAACCAAUUUUGCACGAAACACGCAUUUCCUUGCUGAUUAACUUAUGUUCUUUGGCUGUACAGUAUCCUUGCUAUUCAGUUCUCAAACAUAUUGCACAGUGGUUACAAAAAAUUGGUAGUGGAAAAUCAUAUGCUCAACAGUUUGUUUCUCUGCUUGUUGAUCAUUAUAUAUUUAUCCCCGAAGAUUCCAAUUUAGUUAGACGCUUUCUAUAUAAAUAUCUACUACCUUUGGCUGAUGAAGUUCCCGACUUUGUUCCGUAUUUUGUUGUCUAUUCAGUUACAAAAGAUUCUCUGCGACACCCAUUGUUUAAAGUUCUCAGUCACUGGUUAAAAGGAAGUCGUAGUGAUUCAUUUAUUGCCUGUAUUAAAGGAGCUCAAUUUCUGGCAAAGCAUUUCACUUCUACGUCAUUUCCUUGCAUGGUUGUUUAUGAUUGCGUUGUUGGUGGUGCUCGUGAAAAUCCUUUACACGGCUUUAUAACAAUGCUUUAUUCUAAUUGGGAACUUUCAAUUCCAUUAGAAUUCGGACCAGCACUUGAGAUAUUGUCUAGUACAGCAGAUUACUCAACGUUUAACAGAGAUACCUUAUGUUAUCAUCUUCAUCUUGCAAAUUUGUCUGGAAUUUUUACAGAAAAGGAUCUCAUAGACGCGCUGGGAAAGUCGCAAUAUUCUAUAUUGAAAUCACUUCAGCACAAACUUUUAAAAUCCUAA